CGACCCUGGCGACCACUGUGGGAGUGUUGUUGUGGCUGACGUCCUACUUCAUCCCUCGCACCGUCCUCGACUAUGAUUACAACUCCAUCGGUCUCACUCCUAAGAUUUUCUCCUGCCUCCUGCCUAACUUGGCCAUCACUUGGGCCUUCAGGGUCAUCUCUAUGUUCGAGGGCAGAGUGGUGGGUGUGCAAUGGAACAACGUCUGGGAAACGGGCAACCCUCGUGACCAGCUGGCACCAGCCAUGAUCUUGUUGAUGCUGGUGAUAGAUACCUGCCUCUUUCUGUUUAUCACCUGGUACGUCGACCAGGUCAGCCCAGGCCUCUACGGCGUCCCUCGACCAUGGUAUUUCCCAUUCCAGAAGACGUACUGGCACGCUGGGACACCAAGACUCCAGCAUCACCUGCAACACCAAGAUGUGACGACAAGACAGAACGAAGAAUACUUCGAGAUGGAACCUGUGGGUCUACGGCCGGGGAUCAUCAUUAAGAACCUCAGUGAUCUAGUUAAAGAGAUUGUCCCUGAGAGCUUGAGAGAUGCUGUAGUAGCUCAAGACCCAAAGUUCAUCGAAGUAGCUGCGCAGUGGGACAGCCUUGCAGACUCUUCAAGCAGACCAGCUCCUCCAAGAUAUAGGUUGAAGGGAAUGAGAAGGCAAGCUGCGAGGGAGGAGGCAGAGGCUCUGAUGCAGCGGCUGGAGCUCCUGGAGAAGAAGAACAUGUUCGGUAAUGAGCUCUCAGGAGGCAUGAAGCGAAAGUUGUGUCUUGCCAUCGCUCUUAUUGGAGGCUCCAAGGUGGUGAUCCUGGACGAGCCAAGCAGCGGACUGGACCCAGAGUCUCGACGGUGGGUGUGGGACGUGGUGCAGGGAGAGCGAGGACGUCGCACCGUCCUCGUCACUACCCACCACAUGGAGGAAGCUGAUGUACUGGGUGACCGUGUAGCUAUUAUGGCCUCUGGCAGGGUGGUUUGUGAGGGAUCAACAUUAUUCCUCAAAAACAAGUUUGGUGAUGGCUACACCCUGACGGUGAUAUUGUCUGAAGGCAGCAAGGUAAGGGAAGUGAGGAGGGAGGUGAACCAGCACCUGCCCUCAGCUAUCCUCCGCUCAGCGCAGGGCAGUGAGGUCACCUUCAAACUCCCACCCACCACAGCCCAGUACGCCCAACUCCUCGACGCCCUCACCAGCCGUAAGGAGCAGCUCGGUAUUCGACAUCUAGGCCUAUCCCUCACUAGCAUGGAUCAGGUGUUCCUCAGAGUUGGUGAGGGGAUUGAUGGCUCUGAAGAACUCACAGAUGUGAGGGACUCAAGAAAUAGACACCUGCAUGGCAACCUGAAUGACACUCUGGGUGCUAGUCUGAGUGGCAGUCUAAAUGGCUUUACCAACGGCUACUUAAAGGACCGAGAAGACAUCUACAGCAGUCAACGCUACCUUUAUGACAGCCAAACAAACAUCGAUGAGACACUGACAGGAAGCUUGUUACUCCGGCAGAGGAUCAAAGCCUUGCUCGUGAAGCGAGUCAUCUACAGCAAGAGGAAGUGGGUUCUCUUCCUCACUCAGGGUCUCCUGCCGGUGCUGGUGACGGUGUUGUGCCUGUUGGUAGAUGCCUCCUUCACGCAGGACACCUUCAAAGAGCCUCCUCUUACCCUCAACAUCUCCAUAUAUCCUUACACCAUGUCCUACGUGCAUGUAGACCAAGCCAACCAGCACCUAGCUGCACCCUACGAGUCUCUCUUCUGGGAUCCUUAUGAGGUGAAAACAACAGACGACAUGGAACAGUCCCUUCUACACGAAGCGGAAGAAAAUAUUUUCCGGUACAGGGAAAAUAACGUGUGUUCUGCAGAGUUCCUUACUGAGAACGAAGUCACGGGGCUGCGCAUGUUGUACCAAUCUAUCCCCUACCACACACCAGGAGUAAGCACCUCCUUGGUCACCAACGCUCUUCUCAGAGCUGCCACCAACUCAACGGAACACUCUAUCACCACCUCCAAUCGACCAUUGCCGCCCAACAGAACGUGGCAGAUAAAGGACGACAACACGUCAGCGAGCGCUCUGGUAUACUCCAUGGUGAUGCCUCUCGCCUUGGCCUUACUCUCCGCUUCCUUCAUCGUCUUUCCUCUCCAGGAGAGAGAGACCAAGGCCAAACAGGUGCAGGUAAUGACUGGAACUCCAGUGUGGUUGCUCUGGACCACUACCUUCCUCUGGGACUACAUCACCUACCUCGUCUCCGCAAUUAUUGUCUUCAUAAUAUUUAUGAUCUGGGACUCCAAGAAGUACUUCACCCUCGGGGAAGCUCCAGGUGCUUUGUUCUUGUUGUUAUUGCUGUACGGGUGGGGCAGCAUCCCUCUGGCGUAUUUGUUCAGCUUACCUUUCCAGACAUCUGCUUCCGGCUUCGCUGUUCUCGCUCUCGUCAACAUUAUUGCUGUUCUUCAACACUAUUGCUUGCCAUAUGGAUCACUUCUCUAUCCGACUUACUCAGCUUCAACGGGGUUCAUGCAUCUGGUCAACACAAGUGCAUACAAUUCACAAUGUGAAUUGUUCAACAAGACUAUUAAAACAGAACUCUGCAACACGCUGAAUGAAUACCUUCCAUACAACGCCUUCAUGAAGUGCUGCCCAAUGUGCGCAGAAGUCGGCCAUAAGAAAUGCUUUGAGGAAAAGUCGUACUUCAUGCUAGACAAGUAUGCCAUGGCACCUGACCUGCUCACACUCUUCAUCAACGGGGUCGUCUUCUUUGCAAUCCUGGUCGUUAUUGAAGCUGGGUACACCAGUAUAUUUUCGAAGAUGUGGUGGCGAGUGAGAGGCCGUGUGGAGGCUCAGGUGAACGCUGGGGACGAAGUAGACAAAGAUGAGGACGUAGCUGCCGAAGUUGCUCUAGUGAACACUAUGCUGCAGAGGAGGAACGUGCAGGCUACAGAUGUGCCAGAUGAUGCCACGCUGUUGGUGUGCGGUCUGUCUAAGCAGUUCAUGUCAUCAACCCACCCUGCAGUCAACAACAUCAGCUUCAGGGUAGGACGAGGUGAAUGUCUGGGCCUGCUGGGGGUCAACGGUGCUGGCAAAACCACUACAUUCAGGAUGCUGACGGGGGACGAGAAACCUUCAGGAGGUGAUGCCAUGAUUGAUAAUAUUUCACUCCUGGGUAGAACAAGCACGUUUGUGCAGAAGAUAGGAUACUGUCCUCAGUUUGAUGCUAUACUGGGGGAACUUACCGGCUUAGAGAUGCUGACACUUGUGGGCAGACUGCGAGGGGUCAGCGAAGGUCGUAUGAAACAUACUGUUAGAUCACUGGUGUCUCUUGUGGGACUGACAGAGUGUGCAGAACGACCCUCUUCCACGUACUCUGGUGGCAACCGCAGGAAACUGUCGACAGCCAUGGCACUUGUGGGAUCCCCUCCUCUGGUAUUCCUGGACGAACCCACCUCAGGAGUGGACCCUGCCUCCCGCCGUCGUGUCUGGGCAGCCAUCAGGAAAGCCAUCGACAACGGCCAGAGUGUGGUUCUCACCAGUCACUCCAUGGAGGAGUGUGAGGCGCUCUGCUCCCGUAUUAUAAUAAUGUCCCGAGGCACAUUACGCUGCGUCGGGUCUACCACACAUCUUAAAGCCAAGUUUGGUCAAGGCUACAGUCUGCACGUAAAGCUAAGGACGUACGCCCAAGACAAAGACUGGCAGAAGGCAGACGAGGCGGUAUACGACGCUAAAGUGGCAGAUUUGAAGAAUAUUAUCAGAUAUUACCUUCCGGGAGCUUCUCUUACUGACCAACAUAAGGGCAUGAUGGCGUUCAGAGUCCCCAGCACCAUUACGUGGGGCCGCCUCUUCACGGUGAUGGAGGCCCUGAAGGCAGGUGCUGAUAGAUCUAGCAUGUCUGACCCCAUUGCUACUUCUGCUGCCUCAUAUUCCUUGCUGGAAUCGCUGAAGGCAAGAGGUAACAAUGGAAGCUCACCUGACGCUGCUGCUUCACACUCCCUGGUUGAGGACUAUGCUGCAUCUGAUACCUCCCUUGAACAAGUCUUUCUCGCCUUCGCCAGAGAAGCAGCACUAACUCCUGCCCAUAACUUUAAAAUUCCCACUGGCAUUAUAACCAAAUUAUGAGAAACGGAAUGCCUUAUCUUUUUUUAUAAUUUAUUUUUUUUAUCGUGAUCAUAUAAAUACUGACAUUAUAACCAAUUAUUUUCAACCCUAUUUAUUGUACUUAAAAUGUUCCUCAACAGUGCAGUAACAUACAAGUUACCAACAUUUUUGUCACAGUAAAUAUCGAUCAUCAGCUAA